AUGCGGCAUUCGUAUACCCUCGUUCUUACCCUCUCGUCGGUAUCAUGGGCGCAAAACCCGUCCUCGAAGCGCGGCUUAGUCUUCGUACCGGACCCGAAAUGGCCACAAGAUAACAAGGUUUGGGUACAAUCAGGAUCCGAUCUGACGUGGUACUACAACUACCAGGACUUGCCAUCAGUUGCCUUCGACGAUGUUUCACAGGACCAAUUCGAGUUCGUGCCGAUGCUUUGGGGUGCAAUCGACGACACGUCGUUUCGUGAAUCGAUUGAAAAACAAAUAGACGACGGCUUGGAAAUCACACAUGUGCUAGGUUUUAACGAACCGGACGGACCGAGCCAGUAUGGAGGAAGUAAUAUCGCGCCCUCAGUGGCAGCAGACGUUUGGGUGAAGAACAUCGCUCCAUUAGCAGACCGAGGAGUCAAACUUGGAUUGCCGGCCUGCACUGGUGGAUGGGGAGGAAUCCCGUGGUUGCAGCAGUUCUUGGGCAAUUGCUCGAAAAUCAUCAGCACUGGCGACGAGAAGAAGAACUGCACAUAUGACUUUGUGAAUAUUCACUGGUACGGCAACUUCGAGGGCCUGGCUAGCCACAUGGGGUCAUACUCCGCUGCAUUCCCAAAUGUGACGCAGUGGAUCACCGAGUACAACUUGGACAACCAGGAUCUCGGUACCACGCAGGAUUUCUACAACAUGUCCUCAGAGUACUUUGACCGGGUUGAUGCCGUUGAGCGGUACAGCUUGUUCGGUUCCUUCCGGUCGAAAGUUAGCAACGUCGGCCCCAAUGCCGUCAUGCUGAACAAUGCGGGAGAGUUGACCGAUAUUGGCUCCUGGUAUCUCGGCGGCAAAGCGACUGGUGUCGAGCCCACGUCAGCGGCGGGCCGGAUCCAGUUACCCAUCGGACUGGUGGUUCCCGCUCUAGCUGCUGUCAUCCUGUUGGGUAUCUAA